AUGAACAGGGAGAUACCAGGGUUCUACUACGACCCUGAGAAGAAAAAGUACUUCAAGAUCGAGGCGAGCCACAAAGCUCCAGCAGGAUCCCAAUAUUCCAAAGAUGCUGUUAAGCGCAAACGCAAGGAUCAGGAGAAACGCCAACGGAAAGUCCACCUCACUCGGAGGAUAGCAAAGGAAAAGAUCAAGAAAGCCGCAUUCCUAUCCAACCCUCUCAUUGGGGCAGAGCGAGAGGUUGGAACCCAGAUUGUGACCAAAAGUGCCCGGCAAGACCAACGGGGUUUGUUAUACGCUGGCCAACUUCGCCGAAACCAGUUGCACCAAUUUGAGCCCUGGCCAGAUGAAUACUCUAUCAAACAUGUAUUGCGCAACCAACGGUCCGGGAUUCUGGUCGCUAGUGGCCAUCGCGGUGGUGAAUCUUCUGUUUCAAUAUGCUUCCCAGACUGCGAUCAGGAAAACUGGACUUACAACCGGACCAUGGAACGGGUACUCUUCAAAGAACCCUAUAGGCUGUCUUCCAUCUCGUUAAGCCAUACUGGAUACUUACUAGCGACAAUGGAUAGCGGUCCAGACGGCGACUCAUUCCUCGCACCACGAAUGCUUCCCGAUCCUGACGAGGGUGGCGAUUACCGCUGGCCUCCAAGCUUUUCCCACCCUGUCCGCCUCCGCAUGGCAUCAUCGCUAUGGUGCUCCGCGCCCUGCCCCGUAGGCACCAUGCCCUUUUUCGCGAUCGGCACCUCCGACGGCCUCCAUACAUUGGAAGGCUUCGGAAGCUAUUGGGCCCUAUCAAAGAAAUCAUUUGCCAGUGAUGUAUACACGGGAAAACCAAUCCUCCAUCGACGGAUAGAUUCCUCCCACGCCCUUGUUACCAGCGUGGAAUGGCUCUCCGCCCAAGUCAUCGCCGCGGGACUCAAAGACUCGGCAAUAUUCCUCCAUGACCUUCGCAGUGCCGGAACGGCAACGAGACUCCAGCAUUCGCAUGCCGUCACUAAAAUCAAAAGUGUUGAUCCGUAUCGCAUGGUUGUGGCCGGAAUUAACUCACUGAAAAUGUACGACAUCCGCUACCCAGCAAAUGGCCUUCAACGCAACCCGAAUCCCAAUAGCAAACACCACACCUCGACCAAACCGUACCUCAGUUUUUCAGAUUAUUCACCCGAGGUUAUACCCGACUUUGAUAUUAGCCCUGAACUGGGUCUCCUAGCAAGUGCGUCCGAUGAGCGCAAGAUUCAGCUGUUUUCACUUCGAACCGGCGAGCAGGUUUCUUCACCUCUGUCGAAAUACCAGUACGAUCAUUCCAUCUCUUCAGUUUGCUUUGAGUCGGGGAAUGGAUCUUUGCAUGGGCCACAAACUCCAAGUAUAUUGGUGUGUGCAAAAGAUACGGUGGAUGAAUGGAUUUGGUGAAGGGAUAUAUAAAUUUCAUGAAUGCAAGCCAUGAUUGCAUGCUAAUGGAUGAUGUUACAUAUCUGAA